AUGUAUAAAUGGACAAAUACAGAUGUAGAAGAAAUGCAUAAUUGGUUGGGACUUGUAUUAUGGAUGGGGUUARUUCAGUUACCUGAAGUUGGUUUGUACUGGAGUAGUUCCCCCCUAUUUUCUACAAACUUUGGAAAUGUUAGAAAUAURUUCCAAAUAUUAUCAACUAUGAUCCAUUAUUCUAAUAAUGAAACCAGUGAUCAAACAAAUCGGUUAUAUAAAUUAGGAACCAUAGUUGAAGACAUUAUGGUUAAUUCCAAUAAUUGUAUGUCUCCGCAUGAUACUUUAUGUAUUGAUGAAUCUAUGAUACCAUUCAUAGGUAGACUAUUCUUUAAGCAAUAUUUAAAAAACAAAAGACACAAAUAUGGGAUUAAGUUAUUUAAACUUUGUAUGCCCCCUAACUACACAAUUAAUCGGAAAGUGUAUGCUGGAAAAGAAGUUACUCCGGAAAYAAGUGUAUCAUCUAAAGUUGUAAUGAAAUUGAUAGAUCCAUAUUUAGAUUUUGGAAGGACCCUUAUUAUCGACAAUUGGUAUACUAGUAUAGAAUUAGCAGAACAACUUGGACAACGAAAAACAUAUUGUAUUGGGACAUUAAGGUCAAAUAGAAAAUCAAACUCUAAGGGAGUUAUUAAUUCUAAAUUAAAAAAAGUUCAACAGUUUUCAUUGAGAAAUGAUAGUAAUGUAAUGGAUGGACAAGAGAGACAUUUAUAUGUGCAGUACCAAAUCAAUAAAUAA